AUGCAAUUUAUAUAUUUCAUCUUUCGGGUAGCUCUAUCUUAGGAUAUCAAUUUUUGGAGUAUUGAUGAGAAGAUGGUUGUUUUCAUCUGAUUUUCAUCAAUGUAUUAUUUCCAGCAUUUGGUAAGGAAAUACCUUCUUAUUUCAUCUGGGUUCAGGAUUCUCUUGCGUAUUAUAGGCCUAGGCCUAAGCUUUAGGCUAGGCCUAGGAGAAGGCAAUGACGUCAUUCACCAAUUUAUCAUUGCGAAACCCUAAUAUUUUGAUGACGUUCUGCGCGGUUUUCUCAAACCAAAGUGGAACCAAGCAACCGGCAUAGUCCUGCUGUCGAUCUGGUACCCCUAUCCCUUAUAGACCCAGAGAAAGCCGUAUUUUGUUCCAAAUCAGUGGAGAACAACGCUACAUCCAGUCAAAAACCACAACAAUAACAUCAGCUGCAGCUAUGGCGCCCAGGAAAGCAUUCCUGACUUUGGCAGCGUUCCUGACAGCUCUGAUAGCGGCUACAACCGGGCAGACCAUGAAGUUCCAGACGUUCAAGUACUCGCCUGCGUGUGGCAUCAAUCCGGGGGCCAAGUGGUCCGUGGAGGGAAUAGCCGUUUCCGACGGGAACGCCGCGUUCGAAGCAUCCAAGAUUGCUAUUAUGACUGCGAACAAUGAAGAGCUCUGCACAAUCUCCAUGUCGGGGUGCCAGGACAAAGCGCCAGAAGAGGGCUGCUACUGUGUGGGCAACUCCAGCAACGCCAUACUUGGCAUCAAGAGGACCGCCGUCCUUGCCGAGAGCAACGAAGCCUUGACUGCCGUGUGGAAGCCUGCCAACGGCACGGGAGAUCCCAUCAAACAGCAUGUAGGGAACUCGCCUGUUGUCUACGUGGAUUUAACGUUGACGAUAACUGUCAACUCAAAGGAAAUGAGCGUGGAACCACUGGCAAAUAGAACAACGAUCACUCUGGAGGACCCAGGAAAGCAGAACAUUUCCUUCUGUGCCCAGAAUCUCGUUAAGCCUUUCAACAUCAUUUUCAGAGUAAACGCGAUGAACGAGCUGGCGACAAACAAAGGAGAUGAUCCCUGCGCUUACUGGACAGACCAAGACAUCUCCGAAAUAGACUUCAGUGGUGCUUACAGCCUUGAGUACAACGAGGCGGGCUGCGAACGUUCACGAUCCAUAGGGCUGGAUUUUGUCAACCCGCACGCCGCCACCAUGGGCGCCUCUGGCCUCACUGUGUCUCGGCUCACGUGUCUGCUGCCCCUGUCUAUCCUCAUGAUGGUUCUGGGGGCCGCUCUGUAACCGCCCAGGGAUACCUGUCCUGCCCAGAUGACUUUCUGCCUAAGAGGGUGAACGCAAGACAGGGGAAUACCUUCUGUCCGCCUGAUGAUAAGUCAGUCAUCAGCAAUAAAGACUACACAUUUUCAUCUUGCAGAGGGAUAAAAAAAAUGCUCAACAAGGCACAGUAAAUAAAGAAAGAUGCAACUAACAACAGUAGCUUUCGUUCUUGUGAUAAUGUUCUUUCUGUUGAACUCUGUCUCCGGUCAUAAAAUUUCACCAUAAAUAUGUCAUAAACGCAAUCGGAACCUUUUAUUGGAUCUGGACACUUAGAUAGUAUUGUAAUAAUAAGGGAUAACCCAUCAGGACAUCAUACGAUAUGUAAAUCACAGUUUGUAGAAAUAUUACAUUUCACAGCUAUGUCGGCAGCAUACAGUUGUAAACCCCAAGCCUUGUUUUGUUUCAUGAGUUGUUUUUUUUUGUCCAUUUAUUUUUGUAACGAGAUCUCUCUUUAUAUAUUCCUUUGACUGGAAUGAUAUCGGGCAUCAAAUUGAUCAUUUGGAGUCAUGGUUUGAAAAAUUAAAGACAUCCUCAUAAGUAAUUCGAAGAGUGGGGCAUCUUAGUUUUAAAAAAUUUUUAAACUUAAAAAUCAAAAACAACCAACUCAACAUGUGGUUCUAAGUGAUACACCAACAGCUAUCACCAGAAGAUUGUAAAAAGCCGUAUAGAACAGGUCCAGGUGAUAAUUUAGCCGGUCUGGGUUCGGAAACAAAUAUGAAGCAAAAUUUCCAUGUGUAGGAUUCCAAAAUGUAUUAAAAUCGAUCAAUCCAUGUUUGUACCAGCGGAAAGUUUUAAUUUGUCUGGGCAGCACUAUUCAAAUAAAGCAUACUUUCCAUA